AUGACGGGUGUUGCAAGCAUCUGUUCUUCUCAGCCGCUCGAUACCACCACUCUUCGAAGUCGAGUCGCGGAGCUUAAAAAUGUGGAAGAUAAUUCAGGACUUGGUAAUGAGGGUGCAGAAAAAUUGCAAAACAGCGUCGCAGACGAGCUCGAGAGCAGAAUUAAUUGCAUUCUAUCGGAGUAUUCCUCGCAUUUUUUGUCGUUCUCUAGUGAAGAAUUCGAUGAAAUAUUGAAGCAAUUGAGGAAAGAGCUGGUCGAAGUGGAGUCUCAGAAUGCAGAUGUCAAAUGUGAAAUUGAAAAGCUUGAAAGGAGCUGUGUGGAAGGUUAUGCUGAAAUAGAGAAUGAGCUGGAGAAAUUAUGCUGUUCAUUGGAAAUUAUUGAGUCGCAGGCACCUGAGAAAGCAAAAGAGAAUACGGAAACAGAUGCCCCUUCCCCUGCUCAUUAUCAGACAGCCUUUUUGGAUGACAAUUUCUCCAACUUUAAGAUGUUAGAAGUCAGUCAUCAGAUUCAGAAAAGCAGGACAACUUUAAAGUCAUUACAGGAUCUUGAUUAUAUUUUUAAAAGGUUCGAAUUAGUUGAAAAAAUUGAGGAUGCAUUGGCAAAUGUUCGAUUAGUUGAAGCUGAAGGAAACAAGAUCAGAUUAUCAUUGAAGACUUACAUUCUAUACUUGGAUACUAUAUUAUUGCAGCAAGAUAUAGAAAAUGUCAUCGAGCCAUUAGAAAUGAAUCAUGAGCUAAUAAUCGAGACUGUUGAUGGAACUUGUGAGCUAAAGAAUGUUGAGAUUUUCCCAAAUGAUGUAUACAUUGGUGAAAUUUUUGAUGUGGCAAAAACUUUCAGGCAAGUUAAUCCUACACUUUCAGACAGUCAGACCCGAUCUUCAUUGGAGUUUUUCGUUAGAAGGGUAUUGGACAGAAUUGCCUUUUCUUCACUUAAACAGUUCGUGGUCAAGAAUGCAAAUACGUCAAGGCGCUCAUUCGAAUACUUAGAUAGAGAAGACAAGAUUGCAGCACAUCUUGUUGGUGGUAUUGAUGCAUUCAUAAAGUUGCCUCAAGGUUGGCCAUUGUCGGAUCAGGGAUUGGAGCUAAUAUCAGUGAAGAGCACAAGUCAGUACCCAAAAGAAAUUUCGUUGAGCUUGCUUUGCAAGAUUGUGCAAGUGGCAAACUCCUUGAAUCAACGCGUACGUCACAACCUCAAAAGAUUUGCCGACAACAUUGAGGAGAUAAUCAUGCAGCAAACGAGUGCACAAGUCACCUCUCUGGCAUCGUGA